GAUGACUUGCUGUCAUUUUUGUCUUAGUUUGAAUAUACAUAUAUUCUACACAACAGACUGGGUUCGCUCAGUGUUUCUUAUAAAAUGUCCACCAGAGUCCAGAUUGGGUUGUGUCUAGGACUGAUCUUGGCGCAGUCCCUCCAGGCAGUUAGCUUCCUAGGAUCAAGUUUUAAAGUUUUCAGCGAUAUGGAUAACAUCAUAUUUGAUAUGUUUAUCAUACGUUCACUGUCAACAUGGAGUCCUCUGGACUGUUCCAGGAAGUGUGAGACCCAUGGAACAUGUCUGUCCUUUCAGUACUCCCAUCUGAGUGGUCAAUGUCGACUAUUCAACACCAUUUACCUACAUCAGGAUGCUGGAGUGUAUGACAUCGGAUGGCAGUAUUAUAUCACAUCUAAUAGGCGCUGUAGACACCCAUUUAUAGAUGGUCGAGACUUGGAUAUAUGUUUUACGUUUGUCGGUUUUCAUUAUCUGACAGAAGCUAUGGAGGAAUGUGCUGCAAUGCAGUCAAAUAUCAUCUCUAUCACAUCAGCAGAGGAAAACAAAUUUCUUACCAGAUUAGUUGGUUCUCUGUCAAAUGUCUCUCUCCCAGAUAUCAGUUACACGCGGCCAUUCAUUCAGGGAUUCUGGGACGGAACUGACUGGAUCUUUGACAAUGGGACCCCGUUAGUGUACACAAACUGGGGCGCAAACCAGCCGAAGAAACUUCAUUUGAGAAAAUACUUAAAAUUACAGGCUGGGAAAUGGCGUACGACAACUGGUUUCAUAGUUCGACCAGUUUUUUGUAGUUAUAUACAAUAAACGAGAAAAAGAAUGAA